AUCGCUCGGGUCAAUUUUGGCCUCUUUUGAAAUAGCAGUCUUAUUUUAUUGUUCCAUCUCUCGAAGUGGUUUUGCGGACUUCCCACCCUCGAAACCUAGUGAUUUAAUGUUUACCUGGCCAGUUUCGGGCCGCUGUUGUUCCGUCGCGUGUCAUCGCCUCUCAUUGGUAGAGCGUCACUUUUCUUACGCCGGACUCGAGCAACAAGACGGGAACCUCCUGAUCUUCAAGGUGUCCGAUAAUUUCUUCACGAGGCACAUUUGUGAGACGCUCUACUUAUCAUCAUGAUCGAAUCCCGGCUUGCCUUGUUCUGAGGGUUGCCAGCGUUACCGUCCUUCCUUCAAGCUGGUCGCGCUUCUCUUCCUGCUACGUCAGUCGCUCUUUCGCCCCCUUCUCUGCGAACAAAACUUCAAGCACACGGGACACAGAGCCGAGAUAUCGACUCUUGAUGGCAGAAGAUCGGGUGUUGGGCCAUGAAAGCGGCCUGUUCACAGAUGCGAUCCAUCUCGGGGCAUGGAAUCCGGCGCACAGGCCCGAAGAUUUUUCUGACUCCGUUCUACAUGAGGUCGCUACCCAAACCUCCGUCCCUAUCCAAACUCCAGAUCUUGCCCCGUGCCCACCUACAGAAUUUGAACUAGAACACCGCGAUCCAGAAGCGUCCCCUCCUGAUAACGUUCUCGAUGAGACUAAGGAUGUGGAAUACCUACAGGCAUUCCCUGAGGCUCCGACAAGGUUAGAAAAUAGUGGCCAUGUGGAUAUAACUGGCUCUGAGUAUAUGCAAUCAAUUGAGAAGACUCGAGAGGGUGCUGUUAUUGACUCGAACAAUGGCUCACCGUUCAUUGAUUCUUUCAAAGGAUCAGACGAUGACACGGGAACAAACACCUUUCCUGACGACAACAUCGACUUUCAGGCGAUGAUCGGACAAACACAUGACGAUACAAGGGACGUUUGGGAUCGGUCUACUGAUGCCCAUGUGGAAGAUCUAUCUACUCAGCUCGUGACUGAACCUUAUUCGGCAGAGAAUGACAAGGUCAACUCGUGGAACAGCGUAUUCGCAGACGACGAAGGUGGCGGUGACUUUUUUAGCCAAAUAAGCUCUCAAUCAAAACCAACGGUCGCCCACUUAGAGUCUGAACCACGUUCUGAUGAUAUGGCUUCCCACUUGAGCAAUGGCAAUGUCCAGCCUUCCAAUGAAAGCCAGCAAACCAAAGCGAUCGACUCACUAUUUCAGGAGGAUGAGUCGACAGGCGAGGCCGACUUUUUCAAUUCACAGGGCCCGGCUCACGUAGAGCCUAGUCUUGAGCUACUGUCUGAAACGCAGCCCAAUUCUAUGCCAGAAGACCACCCGUUGCCAAGUCUUGAUCCCGGAAAAGAGUUACCUCACCACCAAUCCGUGGCUGUGGUCCAAGAUGAAAAGCCAGAAGUAAUACGUCCGGCUGAACCUGGAGUAGCCGAGAAUCUUGGAGAGGAGGAAUUAGCUGAGCGGUGGAAAGCAUUUCUAGGAGACGAUGAUAUAUUGAUCGAAAAUGAAACCCUCGACGGAUCAAUUGAAGGCGCCAAUACGCACACAGCAGAGUACCAACGCCACCCGGUGCAGCCUGCAUCACAGGUUGGGUCCGAACAGCCUCCAGUCAAUACUUACACUCCACAUCAGCCAUCAUCGUCAGAAAUGCUUGGAGGUUUACCAGCGGCAGGUUACUCUUCGACCCUCGGAAAUUUAACCAAUCCAGAGAAAUCGAAAGUCGAGAGCUUCUCAAAUCAAUCCAAGGCUGGAUACCAAUCCCCGUAUGACUUGCCAUUUGACAUGCGCCCAAAGCAUGCACCUCCUCGCAAGAUUGCUCCCCCGGUCGGAGUAAAUCCUCCACCUCGCAGUAGCUCCAUGUCAGGAUCCCGCCCGCCAAGUUCAUCCUACAUGGUUCCAGGCCCGAACUUCUCUCCUGUGGCAGCUCCGCCGCCCGUUUCAGGUCCCGAUACAACCCCUCCAUCAACCAAGGAACCAGUUAGGACUGGAAGCUUUUUCGAAGAGCUUCCUGUGGUGUCAAGGUCCCGCCCGUCGACUCGCGGGCGCUACACUCCGCAGCCAAAUAUGUCUCAACCGGCCAGUAAUUUGCCGAUGGCGCCGGUGGCACCACCACCUUCUCUCCCACAACAAAGUAGUGACCCUUAUUCUCAAUUUCAACUGCAACCUCCUGCGCGUUUGGAUCCGUAUUCAAAUCUCUCUGCGCCUCCUCCACAACCGGCUCCUACAACCUCUCGUUAUUCACCCCAACCUCCGCCGCCAGGCACGAAACCUGCCCCUUUUCCCCGUUAUUCCCCUGCCCCACCUCAGUCAGCAUGUAUGACAAGCUCAGCGACGUAUGUAUCGCAGUCACCUACUGUGCAAUCCUCUGUCAAUGCACUUCCAUUCCAACCCCGAACCUCAAGCCCCUUAGCCCAACAUGAAACAGCCAAGUCAUAUCCAUCUCCACCACGAAAACGGGGCUCUUUACCAGUUACGUCGAUUAUUCCAACGUCCAGUGUUCCCCAGUUCGGAUCAGAUUCACAAAUUGUUCCACCCAAACGGUCCAUGACUCAGUCCCCAGGGAGAAUGAUGCCUCUUCAAAGCUCCGUUGCGUCGAACCAAAACGCCUACGUCAGGCCGGCAUCAGCUCAUGGUUCAAAAUCAUCAAUACAGGCACCCCUAUUGCAAUCCGCCUACGCCCCAGCUGCCAACAAUCGUCCUACUCAAGCUCUGGAUUUUGUUGUACCAACGGAUGGCCAGGAGCACGAUCCUCUUGAACGUUGGAAAGGGGCUCCGAUUUUCAAAUUUGGAUUCGGCGGAACUCUCUUGUCCACUUUCCCAAAGCAUAUCCCCCGAUAUGCCACAGGCCAGAUGACCCCUCGGAUCAAACCCACACUUGGUGAUAUUAAAACAUGCCCAAUCAGCCAAAUUCUCCCGCAUAACGAACCACUGGACAAAUUUCCAGGACCCCUAAAGUCCAAAUCUAAGAAGAAGGACGUCUUAACCUGGCUCUCUACCAUGAUAUCCGCCCUUGAAGGUGCCCCAUCAACAACUGAUGGCCAUGUCGAUCCUGUGCACCAACACCGCCGCGAAGACGGUAUCUUACUUUGGAAGGUCGUGAGAGUUUUAGUGGAACAUGAUGGAGCACUAAGAGGUUCUACAGCGGCAGAGGCUAGUCUUCAAAGUAUAUUCUCUCCUGGAAGCAUGGCGAUGAAUUCUCAAUUCGAAUACCCAAGUACCGGCGACUCUGUUAGUGGGUCAUUGAAAUCUGAGUCUGCCAGCAGUUUAGGGAUCGAUGUUAUCCACAAAAGCCUCGUGGCCGGCGAUCGACAAAAAGCCGUAUGGGACGCAGUCGAUCAUCGCUUGUGGGGUCAUGCAAUGCUUAUUUCAUCUACCCUAGACAAAUCGGUGUGGAAGCAGGUUACCCAAGAAUUCAUUCGUCGCGAAGUUCGAUCUUUGGGCAAAAAUACAGAGUCUUUAGCAGCCCUGUACGAGAUAUUUGCGGGCAAUUUUGAAGAGAGCAUUGACGAGCUCGUACCUCCCUCUGCAAGAGCUGGUCUCCAGAUGGUCAGCGUGCAUGCUGGCACGGGCGCCCCCAAGGAUGCUCUUGAAGGCUUAAACAAAUGGAGGGAUACGGUGAACCUAAUAUUGCAAAACAAAAUUGCCCAAGACCACCAGGCCCUCCGGGCGCUCGGUCGACUCCUUGCGUCUUACGGAAGAGUCGAGGCAUCACAUAUUUGCUCUUUAGUGGCUGGGACGGCGGCUGGCCCCAUCUUUGGUGAUGCGCGCGACCCCCAAGCUAGUAUCGUUCUUCUAGGUGCCGACCAUUGGCGAAACCCAACAACUUUCAUGGUGGAACGUGAGGCUUGCUUGCUGACAGAAGUGUACGAAUUCGCGACAUCUGUUCUGGCCGCUUCACCUUCCCCUAGCCUGGCGCACCUUCAAGCUUUCAAGCUACGGCAUGCGAUGUAUCUUGCUGAGGAGGGUCAUAAGUCCGAAGCUCAACAAUACUGCGAAGCAAUUGUUUCCAUUGUAACCUCGAAGUCGAACGUGAAAUCACCGUAUUAUCAUCAAAGAUUUUUUGCUGAAUUGGAUGAGCUGUCACACCGUUUGAGACAGGCUCCUACGGACGGUUCGUCGUCGUGGAUAUCAAAGCCUAGCAUGGAGAAAGUGUCCGGAUCGAUGUGGGCCAAAUUUAACAGUUUCGUUUCCGGUGAUGAUAACGAGGUGACAUCCAAUGGAUCAGGGAAGGGAGGAGACGGAGACAUUGGCCCAUUUGCCAAAAUUGCGGGAACUCCCCCUAUCAGCAGAUCUCCCUCAGUUGCGGAGGGACAUGGAUCAUACUUCCCUUCUCAGCCGGUUGCUCCAUCGUCCUCGGGUUCUCGAUAUGCUCCUAAUAGCCAGUAUUAUGCUCCCUAUUCUUCUCCCGAACAGUCUCGUGGCCGUCGAUCCCUAGAUGCCCAAAGGUCCCCUCCCCAAACUGCAGGUCGUUCCUAUUCGCAGCGCCGCAAUUCUCAGGAUCCUUCGACGCCGUUAGAGGGCAAUGCCUACGGAUCAAUGCCAAAUCAUAUUUACGCGUCACCUGCCACUAUCGGCUCUCAUAUAACGCCUCCUCAAGCAAGUCAUGCACCUCUCGCACCUGUAGAAGAAAUUUAUUCUCCCCAAAUUCAAUCUCCUACUAGUGAAAUGCCUGCUAUACAAACCCUUCCUGAUGGUUUUGGCAUAAACCAGACGGGAUACAUGCCAUUAGCGGAGCAAGUUACAAGAGAUGACGAAACAAACCUUAAAACGACGACAACAGAACAGAGCGGAUACCAGCCACCCACUUAUGAGCCGCCAUCCUUCAGUACUGGCUACGAACCUCCCUCGUACUCUGCUAAUGUUGAAGACAACGAGCAUUCAGAUGAAGAGAAACCAAAGAAAAAGUCCUUUAUGGAUGAUGACGAUGAUGAUUUUAUGGCUCGCGCAGCCCAACUCCGAGCUUCUGAAAAGGAAAAAAUGGAUCGUGAGGCAGCUGAGGCCUUUAGAAAAGCUGCAGAAGCUGAUGCCAAACGACCCCUUGCUACGGAGAAGAAAGGUUGGUUUUCUGGAUGGUUUGGAAAGAAAGAGAGCGGCGGUGCCGUUCGCGCAGACCUCGGCGACGAGAAUUCAUUCUAUUUUGACAAAGAGUUGAAUAGGUGGGUUAAUAAGAAAGACCCCGGCAGUGCCGCCACUGCAGCGGUUACUCCACCCCCGCCCAAGAGCUCUGCACCAUCAAGCCAGUCUGUGAGCACUUCCCAAACACCGACAACCCCCAAUCUUACGAAUGGACGACCGGGUCCUUCAGCUGUUCCAGGAGGGACAUUAUCAGCCCCUCCACCAGGCAUCGCACCAUUACCCACUCCGCCGUCAAGCUCCUUGGGACCACCAUCCGACAGCCCACGUGCAAUCCCAAGAUCUGUAUCGGCCGGCGCUCCCACAGGACCGCCAUCACGCCCUGGUACAUCAUUGAGUAAUGCAAGCUCCAUUGAUGAUCUUCUUGGAGCCCCCCAAGCACGAAAGGGUGGUACAAUGAAAACACGGAGAAAGGGCCGUGGUUAUGUUGAUGUCAUGGCGAAAUGAUUUCAAUGUUUUCAUCCUAUCUGACGAGUUAUUAUGCACACUUGCAUUAGCUUUUGCUCUGCUUCGGUCUCAUCUAUGCAUGAUUUUAGUGCGCGGCAUUCACAGCAAAACUAUUUCUUACAGGUGUUCCUUCGAGGUGAAAGGAACCAUAGAUAUCAACUGCAUGUAUCAGGGGGUAUUGCUACUAACUUUUGGACCUUUUUUCAUGUUAAAAUUCCUAGGCCACACUUUAAGUCGAGCUUUUUGGAUACUAAGCACAUAUGUCUUGAUGAGCGAUGGUGAUUCAAUGGCAUGGAACUCAUGUCCUUUGGCUUGAUGUUUCCUUUGCGGAAGUAUUAUUUUUCUUUUUUUCUUUUUUCUUUUUUUUUGGUCCAUUGUUAUUUGCUUGUUCCCUGGAGUCUGUUGCAUUAUAAUUCUCAUUUCGAAUACCAUUUGUAAUAAAAGGGAUCUCGAAGAUUCGGGUUCAUCCUUACGGACCCUUAGUUUUAUAUCCUUCUACUUGACGUUUGUUUUUUUGCACUUGAAGUUCAGCCUGUGUAUUAUACGAAGCUUCCAAAGAAAUAACCAUGUACUUAAUCUUCAUAGAGACCAUUUCACUACAUGUCUUUCUGAUUUGAG